AACAAACCCACACUGGGCAUGCGUCACCGCCGUAAUGGAGGACUGUCUUUUCUACCAGGACUUCACGUCUCUCUUUUUACUCCGCUAACUCGCGGCCUCUGAGCCCGAGUGACACGUCCGGGUUGCUUCGCACCUUUCAGUAGAAAGAAGACAUCUCACGAUGAGCGGCGACUCGGCCGCCCAGAAUGCAGCUCCCUGCAGGAUCAUGACCUUCACACCGUCUAUGGAAGACUUCCGAGACUUCCGCCGCUACGUGGCCUACAUGGAAUCUCAGGGAGCGCACCGAGCGGGGAUGGCCAAGGUGAUCCCGCCCAAAGGCUGGAGGCCACGGAAGACUUACGACGACAUGGACGAGCUGGUCAUUCCCGCGCCCAUCCAGCAAGUGGUGACAGGCCAGUCGGGCCUCUUCACGCAGUACAACAUCCAGAAGAAGCCCAUGACCGUGCAAGAGUUCCGCAAGACCUCCAAUAUGGACAAAUUCUGCCAUCCACGCUAUGUGGACUUUGACGAGCUAGAGCGCAAGUUCUGGAAGAACCUGACCUUCAAUCCGCCGCUCUAUGGUGCCGACGUCAGCGAGAGUCUCUACGACCCGGAUGUGAGCGAGUGGAACAUCGGCCGACUGCAGACCAUCUUGGACACGGUGGAGAAUGAGAGCGGCGUGAAGAUUAAAGGAGUCAACACGCCUUAUCUUUACUUUGGUAUGUGGAAGGCUGCGUUUGCCUGGUACACAGAGGACAUGGACCUCUACAGCAUCAACUACUUGCACUUUGGAGAGCCCAAGUCCUGGUACGCAGUCCCGCCGGAACAUGGGAGGAGAUUGGAGCGUCUUGCCAAGGGUUUCUUUCCCGGCAACGCUCAAAGCUGCGAGGCCUUCUUGCGCCACAAGAUGACCUUGAUCUCGCCGUCCAUCCUCAAGAAGUACGGGAUUCCCUUUGAGAAGGUGACGCAGGAAGCCGGCCAGUUCAUUGUCACCUUCCCGUUCAGCUACCACGCCGGAUUUAACCACGGCUUUAACUGUGCCGAGUCCACCAAUUUUGCCAUGGAGCGCUGGAUCGACUACGGCAAACAAGCCACAUUGUGCUCGUGCCGCCAGGACAUGGUGAAGAUCUCCAUGGACGCGUUUGUGCGCAAGUUCCAGCCGGAGCGCUACAAGCUUUGGAAAGCGGGCAAGGACAACGCUCCCAUUGAUCACGCCAAGCCCACUCCGGAAGCCGCCAUCUUCCAGAAGGAAAGCCCGCCUCCUGACGACGAUGACGCGGGUGAGGGCGACCGCUCGGCCGCCAGCCCUAGAGCUCAGACAGCUGCCAAGCGACCGCUCGACACCACAGAGGAUGUCAAAGGCGAGACGGCCCAAGAGGAGGCGGAGCCCAAGAAGGCCAAGAUGGAGUCCCCUGCCCAAGUCAAGACAGACAUGCACGACCAGACAGAUGAAUUGGAGUCGAAGCCUCAGAAGAAAGGAGAAAUUGAAAUGGAAGAGGAAGAAGAAAAGCCUGACAGAUUGGAAAGUCCAUCGAAGAAAGAGGAGGAAGCGGAGCCUAUUACAAAUCAUGUGCCUGAUCCUGCAGAAGAACAGGUGUCGGCACCGUGCUCAGCGGAGGCGGGCGGUGUGUCGGCACACAAAGCCUUCCAGAGAACGCUGAGCCCUGCUGAUGUCCUGCACGUGCACAGUUACGCCAAAGGAGACUACGCCGAGGAAGAGGCCUUACCUAAAGAUGAAGACGACAGCGAGGGCAACAAAGACACCAGCAAACAGGGGGCGGAAGAGGCACGGGGCACCACCGAGCAUAAUGAUCUGGGCCGGCUUCCCGGACACCACCCGCUCAUCAAGGACGGCCUCAACGAUGAAGAAGGUCCGGUGGAGUCAUUGCCCGUGGAGGAGGGAGGCCUGGAGGGCGAAGGCUGGGCCAAACCUCUGGCCCACCUUUGGCAGAGUCGACCCCCCAACAUGAAGAAGGAGCGCGAGUACAACCGGAAGGCAGGCUCCAAGCCGCCCUACUGCUCCGUAUGCUCACUGUUCAUCGCCUACCAGCAGGCGGAGGGUGUGAGCAGUGCCACUGCGCCCGUCAUGGUGGCGGGCGGGCACAUGCGCACCAAGCCGCUGAUCCCGGAGACAUGCUUUGCCACCACCACCGAGGAAGACUCCGAGUGCGAGGAGCCACCGGUGACGCCCCGUCUGGAGGAAGACGGGACCAGUCUCCUAGUCAGCUGCUCGCACUGCAGCGUCCGUGUCCACGCCAGCUGUUAUGGCGUCGAUCCCGCCUGCGUCAGCAAGGAGUGGAAGUGCGCCCGCUGCAAAGCCAACGCCAUGACAGAGAACUGCUGCCUGUGCUGUCUGCGGGGUGGUGCGCUGCAGAAGGCCAAUAACAACAAGUGGGUGCACGUCCUGUGCGCGGUUGCCGUGCUGGAGGCUCGCUUCAUCAACAUCACGGAGAGAAAACCCGUUGAUCUGAGCGGCAUCCCCCUGCAAAGAUUCAAACUGAAGUGUUACUACUGCAAGAAGCGCAUGAAGAAGGCGUCAGGCUGCUGUGUGCAGUGUUCGCACGGGCGCUGCCCCACCGCCUACCACCCGACGUGCGCGCAGGCCGCUGGCGUGCUCAUGCAGCCCGACGACUGGCCCUUCGUGGUGCACGUCACUUGCUGUCGGCACAAAGGACCCGCGCACAUACAGCGCAACAAGGCAGCCAUGCAGGAGCUGACGGUGGGCCAGAAGGUGAUCUGCAAGCACAAGAACGGCCGCUACUACCAGUGUGAUGUGGUGCAGCUGUCCAAGGAAACUUUCUACCAGGUCAACUUUGACGACGGCUCCUUCAGCGACAACCUCUUCCCUGAGGACAUUGUGAGCCGAGACUGCGCCCAGUUGGGUCCACCCCCCCAGGGUGAAGUGGUGCAGGUGCGCUGGACGGACGGCCUGGUCUAUGGUGCCAAGUUUGUGGCCUCCCGUGUGGUCCAGAUGUACCUGGUGGAGUUUGAGGACGGCUCUCAGCUGACUGCCAAGCGAGACGACGUCUACUCGCUCGACGAGGAACUGCCCAAGAGGGUGAAGUCCAGGCUGUCCAAAGCAUCGGACAUGCGCUUUGACGGCAUCUUUGAGGGGAAGGAGAUCAUCCGGGAGUCCAAGAGGCAGCGGGUCAUCAACUCGCGUUACCGCGGGGACUACAUCGAACCCGUCAUCUACAGAGCCAUUAUGGAGUAGCCCAUCAUGGGGGUAACCACUCGGGACUGUUUUUAUUUUGUUUUUUUGUUUUUUUCACUUUUUCUAUUCUUCCCAAACGGAGGUAAGGGCAGUAUUUUUCAUUCUCACUCCCAUAAAACAAGAAGAAGACAGCGCGGCCAAGUAUUUCAUUUCAACAAGCUUACAUUUAUCUCCGUGAAUGUGUCUUCAUGCUGUUUUUUGGAUGUGACAUCAUACACAAGCGCAGCCCCAGACAUGACUUGGGGACAAAUAAUUUCAUUCAUAUCACAUGCGCACCACAUCUGGGCCCCCGAAAUAAACAUUUGAUAUCCCUAUGACCGCAUCAGGCUUAAUAAAUGGAGCGCACCUUUGUGAGAAACUGCAUUAUGGUAAUUCUCUUGGGAGAAAAGAUGUGCUCCACUUGCUGAGCUAAUG